AUGACUUUUACACAACUUCCAACACAAGAAGAAAUAAGCAAUUUGCAAAAAGCUUCACUUGUUUCAAAUACUGAACGAAAUACUUCUAAAUGGUUAAGAGUUGUUGAUCAUUUUAACAAAAGUUGUGGAAUAACUAAUUCUAUUGAACAAAUAGAUUCUUUAAAAGAUUUAGAAAAUUAUCUCUGUCAAUUUAUUACAUGGUUGCAAAAAGAAGAUGGACGUGCCGAAGUACCUAUGGAAGUUAUGGAUUUGAUGCUUGGUGAAUUCGUACCCGAAAUGGUGGUUGGCUGGUAUCACUCUCACCCUGUAUUUGGAUAUUGGCUGUCUAGUUCUGUCAAAGGCAAAGUAGUUACUGAUGCUUUUCGCCUGAUCAAUCCUCAAAUGCUUAUGCUAGGUCAAGAGCCAC